CUCUAAAUCAAGCAAACAUGGGAUUCGUGUCCGAUUAAUCUUACCAAAGGUAAGAUCCCCUCGUCACCAUCGUGUCUCUAACCAGAAUCAAAGCCUUCCCCCCGGUUUAGAGUCAAUUUCCAAAAAAACAAGAAAUAAGGGUAAGAACUCCAAAACCUUAAAUCAAAUCUGAAAGAAACCGAACAUGCAAACAAAAAAAAGCGAACCUCUAGGACUCCCUAGCCGUCGUCGUCAUCGGCUGCGCUUGCCGUCGUUUGCCGCCGGCGACGCGCCCCUUUUUUGCUGUUUCCAGAAGUAAGGUAGUGGAGAGGGUGUCGGCGGCGAUUUGCUUGGGUGGCUAGGGUUCCGCCGUGUUUUCUUUGAAGGAGAAGAAGAGACAGGCGAGUGAGGUUAGGAGAGAGGAGAGAGCGGCGUUUAGUUAGGGUUUUGGUUGGUUUUGGACGAGAGGGACGAGAUGCAGCGGAAUGGAGGCUAGGGUUUUCGUUUGGUUCUCUAGAAGAGAGGCGAGAGUUAGAGAGGUUUGAGAAAGAGUGAAGUGAGAGGCGGCCGUUUUUGGUUUGAUUAGGUUAGGGUUUCCAUUUUCAACUUAAGAGAUGAAUUUAUACUCACCCGAAAAAGACUAACUUACCCCUAGGGUUUCGCUUUAACUACACUCCCUUGCCAGCGCGUUUUUGGCCAUUUACCAAACUGCCCUUCCCCCUUUAGCUGCGCCAAAAAGAAAAUCGGUAAAAAUGGAGUUUGCGGGUUUCGAACCGACAUUCUCGGGUAGAACUCGAUAUGAGACCACCCUAGCCAGUUGGGCUGCUGGCACGUUAUGUGUCAACUUAAUCAUCCCAUUCAAUUUUAUUAUUUAAUAUCCCUUAAUACGAAAAUGUAAGAUGCGGAUUAAGUUUAUCUCAUUUCUUGUCCAAUACAUCGAAUUUCUUCUUAAUAAUUAAAAUUCUUGCUUUCAUUUUAGUAACAUCAUAAUAAUCUAAUUAAAAUUCUAUUAACAAAAUUAUAAUGCAAGAAUAACGUUCAGUGGGACGUGAUAAAAGUUAAGAUUAAAUCUAUCAAAGUUAUAACGAACUACGUGGACUUUGAUCCCGAUUAACUCGGGUACGUAGGCAACCAAUAGGUUCGAGUCCAACUAAUCAAAAAUACUUUCUUACUUAUGAUAUUUUGCGUCAAUAGACGUAUGAUCGAAUCGUAAAAAUAAAUACCUAAUUAUUUGAAUCUUAUAAUUUAAAUACGAAAUAGGACGCAAAUAAUGAUACACCCAACAUUUAAAAACUUAUCGAUUUAAGUAGUACCAAUUUUGGGCGUUGUGGGGUGUGAAUACACUUCCCCACACGUAACUGUACUCCCGAACCCAAAUCUCCAAUAUUCGCAGGCCAAAUUGCGGUUUCGACCCUAAUGUCGAGACCGGACCAAAUAGUGUUCGACCCACUACAGUUAAGGUCGAUGGCGACCCUGGGCAUCAGUUCGCGAGCGAUCCGAACUCGAGGGGCGGUUGCGACAACUUGGAUCGAUAUCGUCAAACAUCGGUUCGGUACAUGACUCCGGAGGGUGCGGCCGAUGGUGCAUUAGUAAGUAGAUUCCAUAUAAACAAUUAAAUUUAUUACUUGGUUCCUAAAUAUUUCUCUAACUUUUUUUUAUUUAGGCUGAUGGGAUUGAGCGGAUCAAAGAUAUGACCACCGGGAGAGUUGAGCUGGGAAAUGAAGAUGUGAGCUUCAUCAGGAGGAUGGCAAAUAGUCUGCAUGGUUGUAUCAGAGCUCAGGGUCGGGAUCAUUGUAGAUAUCCUCCCAUGCCCGCACCUCCGCCACCUCCGGUACAAGGUGAUGUCCCCGAUCCCCCACCACCAUACGAGAGAAAGAAGAGCAAGAGGGUUCGGGAAAGGCCCAACGAGCCCGAUGUAACGCCAUAUCAGGCGUGGAAAGUGCCGGCUCUAUUGGUUGUGACACAUGGUUGCGGCCCGAGUUCCGCCCAAGAUCCCCGCCCGAGUUCAUCCCAAGAGCACCGCCCCUCCAUCCACAACGAUCCCCACCCAAGCUCAUACUACGAUCCCCGCUCGACCUACCAUCAAUCCCCUCCGAGCUACCAUCAUUCCCCAUACCAUUCCCGACCGGUCUACCCCCCAUCUCCCCGCCAACAAUACUACGAAUCUCGCCCGGUCUACCCCCAAGAUCCCCCUACAUCAUCAGGUACUUGGCAUGAUGGUUCCUCCACGACGGCGCCCCACGAAUUCACCCCAUGGACUCGCCCUCAUCAGCCGUGGCCUCCUACUCCUCACCGUAUGAGCGCAUAUGUCCCCCACUCGACCCCGGAAUCAUCGCCUCUCCGCCGACACAGCACCGACGAGCGCCACACUACCUCGGCCUUUCGAAACUUUCCACCGCAACCACCUAUUGUUACUCCCGUCGGCCGUCGUAUUUUGAGUUGAAUUUUAAUUAUAUGUACUUGGAACUAUUCCUCUUAUCUUAGUUUAAUUAAUUGAGUGUUGUUUUAAUUUGUUUUUAUUUCUAUGUAAUUGGCUUUGUCCAUUUUUUUCAUGUUAACUUGAUAUUAUCCAAAUUCGAUCAAUCAACAAUUCACAAUUACUUGCCAAAGAAGUCAUCUCUACAAUUCAUAAUUACUUGCCAAAGAAUUCAUCAAUCAACAAUUUUCAUUAGCUGAGUCCGCCACAUCAAGACCCGGUGUUUGCGGACCAAUCAGUCCUGGACACCUUCGUUUAUCAUGUCCUGGAACUUUGCAUAUUGAACAUCAUCCUCGGCCUCGUGGUGGUCUUCCACUUUGAUCCAUUUCGUUCUGAAUUCUCUUUUUACUCGGGCGACCCGGUUCACGGCUCUGCCCGAACGGCGGAAUGAUCAAUUUUCCUUCGUACAACGGCCAAUAAGCUUCAUCAGGUAAUGCACGGAAACUCAGCCCAUAGGUGUUUUUGAGUGAGUCGAUAUUGAAGAAUGGACUAACGAAUUGACGAGGGUCUUUGCUCCUAUUUUUAAUUACAGCCAUUGCAUGAGAACAAGGCCACCCACUCCCCUGAUACUUCUGGCAUGAGCACUCCCCAACCUUUGUCCUUAAAUUGACCAAAACUUCAUGGAGGUGGCCACCCGUCUACCAUCCUCCCGAUGUCUGGUCGUCUCGCUAUACUCGCCAUUUUCCCGAUUCAUAACCGUUACACUAUGUCGACUGCUCUUGCGAUUGUCAUUCUCCAUUACUUCGGUGACUUUAUAGGCAUGGACCUUUCCCUGUGCCUAGUUCGUCCUUGCCCAGUGGAGUCGGUUGACGAACCAUGCAUUCGUUUUCCAAAAAGUCAUCUCCACAAUGGCAGAGAUUGGCAGUGAACGAACGACCUUGUAAACAGAGUUGAUACUCUCACUUGAGUUCGUUGUGGCAAUACCUCAUCUUCUCCCUCCAUCUUUAUGAAAUGUCCACAUAGAUAGGUCGUGUCCAUCCAGCCAUUGUGCCCCUUCAGGGCAUAACUCGCGUAGUUCAGUUAAUAUCAUAAAAAUCACAAAUCACAAAUAACAAUAAAAAGCAAUACAAAAUAAACUUACGAGUUAACGUUAAUCGCAAAAACACUAAAGAAAUAUAGAGCUAGAACAGAAAAUUGGAAAGGGAGAAGGAGAGGUGUGAAGAGAAGAGGUUUUCCGUGCAGUCUUUUAUAGGCAAUAUCACUGAUGAAAACCGCACCUUAGAGAUACGGUUUUCGUCUGCCAUGCAGCCCCACGUCUGUUAUUCUGCAUGGCUAUAUGUCGGUGUCGGAAAAUAAUUGACAUAGAAACCGCACGGGGGGGGGGGGGGGGGGGGGGGGUGCGGUUUGUGUGCCAAAACCGCACCUUGGGGAUGCAGUUUUGUUUUGGAGAAGCAAACCGCAUCUCCAAGGUGCGGUUUUGCUAGGUCAGGCCAAAACCGCACCUCGGCCAUGCGGUUUAUGUAGGUCAUACCUGAAACCGCAUGGCCAAGAUGCCGUUUUGGCCCAGGAUAAUCAACCCCACCUUAGAGGUGCGAUUUAUAUAUAAAACGCACCCUCCAGGUGCGGUUUACAUAUAAAAUACACUUUGAAAGUGCGGUCCAUAAAAAAGGGUGCUAUUUUUGUAAAUAUUUUCGGGUGGGUGCUAUUUUUAUAAUUUUUUGUAAUGGUGCUAUUUCUGGAAAAAUCCCUACCGAAAUUUACCUAAUACAAUUUGUUUAAUUGAUACAGAAUAUAUAACUCUCCCUCCAUGACUUUUUUAUAAUGUAUGUAUCUCUAAUUUACGUGAUUGUUAUACAAUGGUGUGAUAAAGCUUUUGUAAUGUGUGGUUUAUAAUAAAGUCAAGUUAUGACA